UCAUGAAUUGGGGUUUGAAGAAGGGGAGGAUAUUAGUGGAAGAAUGGCAAAUGCUAAUAUGUGGAGGUUAGGCUCUGGAAGUCGAGGAACCCCUCAAGGCUACAAACAUUUGACUGAUUGUAUUUAUUUGCAAGAUUCUUCUGUAAAGGUGGGAGUGUUUGGUUUAUUUAAAAGUCGGUGUUUAUUGAAUUUCCUACUUGUUUUCCGGAAUGUUUGA